AUGGCCAUGGCUGACAUCGGAACCGCUCCCCACUCUGCGCAGAUGCCAGCCCAGCCCCAGCCCGGCGGCUUUGAGGCAGCCCAGAAUGGCCAGUCGACUGCAUCUCAUAUGCCCCCGCCCCCGCUUCACAUUCCUCAAAACACGAAUCCCAUCCCGACCGCCAUGACUUCUCCAAUGUCCGGAGGCGACCAGAGCGGCCUGCUGUCCCCUGGCGGAACCAGCUUCCGACGAGCGGCCCCCGAGCCCAACAAGCGCGCCCUGUAUGUCGGCGGCCUGGACCAACGCGUCACCGAGGAUGUCCUUCGCCAAAUCUUCGAGACGACUGGCCACGUCCAGAAUGUCAAGAUCAUUCCCGACAAGAAUGUCGAACGGCAGGCCAAGGGCUACAACUACGGUUUCGUCGAAUACGACGACCCCGGCGCUGCUGAGCGUGCCAUGCAGACCCUCAACGGACGAAGGGUUCAUCAAUCGGAGAUCCGAGUCAACUGGGCCUACCAGUCAAACACGUCCAGCAAGGAGGACACGUCGAGCCACUUUCACAUCUUCGUCGGCGACUUGUCCAACGAGGUCAACGAUGAAAUUCUGCACCAGGCCUUCUCCGCCUUUGGCUCCGUCUCCGAGGCCCGCGUCAUGUGGGACAUGAAGACUGGCAGAACCCGGGGCUACGGCUUCGUCGCCUUUCGAGAUCGGCCGGACGCUGAGAAGGCCCUAAGCUCCAUGGAUGGGGAAUGGCUCGGGUCGCGAGCCAUCCGCUGCAACUGGGCUAACCAAAAGGGCCAGCCGUCCAUGGCCCAGCAGCAAGCCAUGCAGGCAAUGGGCAUGACUCCCACCACGCCCUACGGCCACCACCAGUUCCCAGCGCACGGUGUCGCCAGCUACGAAGUCGUCCUGAACCAAACGCCUAACUGGCAGACGACCUGCUAUGUCGGCAACCUGACGCCCUACACGACCCCCAACGACGUCGUGCCACUCUUCCAGAACUUUGGUUUCGUGGUCGAGUCCCGCUUCCAAGCGGAUCGAGGGUUCGCCUUCAUCAAGAUGGACACGCACGAGAACGCGGCCAUGGGCAUUUGCCAGAUGAACGGAUAUAAUGUCAACGGCCGGCCCCUCAAGUGCAGCUGGGGCAAGGACAAGACACCAACCUCCCAGCAGAACUUUGACCCUGCGCAGCACUACAGCCCGCAAAGUGCCCAGACCCCCGGUGCAUAUGCUACUGGCACGCCAACAUACUACCCACAGUACGGCGGCCAGUACGGGAACCAGCAUGGCAGCUUUAAUGGCCCGCAAGCCGCCUCUCCGGGAGGCGGCUACGGAGGCUCUCCCAUGGGAUACGGCGGGCCCCCAAGCUCGGGGGGCUUUGGGCGCGGCCAGCAGGCCCCCAACGCGCAGUGGAGCCAGCCUCAGCCUGGACAAACCUAUAACAAUGGGUUUGGCGGCUAUCAGUCGUGA